AUGGCUGACGUGAUGUCAACGCGUAAGCUGCCCGAAGAGCUGAUCGUACUGAGCUCGAAGUACGGCGUGUCGACGGGGCAGACCCCGACGAGAGACCGCGAUCAUGAUCACGAUCCGAACGAUGACGACGACUUCCUGCAACAACACGUGUCCGGAUUGAAGAAGACGAUCAGGGCGAUCAUUGCGCGCGAGAUGCGUAUCAAAGAGGGCUAUGAGAAUAUGCGACGGGUGACUAAGGAUCGAAAGCAGUUAGAUAGCCUGAAGAGGGACGUGCGCCUGAUCAGCGACAAGAUCGGCGAACUGCAUUCAGACCUGCAAACGCUGGACAUCUACGCGACGGGAACCGUUGUUGGUUACUACAUGCAGUGGCUUGCUUGUGCUGGUCGAUGGCAGUUGUGUUGCUGUGCGUUUCAUGUCGGUCAGCUCUAUUACCCGGAUUGCUGGCACGUGAACUGUUGCGGCGCCAUCGCGCUACAAACCUUCAGCCUCCUCCUCAUCUUCCCGUGCCCUCAUAACUUCUUCCUCAUGCUCGUAGCUUGCGCUGCCGGAUCGUCCGUGCGAAAUCAGUGGCCGCUGAGUGUUUCGCGCUGGCCGUGA